AUGCGUCUCUCAGCUACCAUCGCACGUGCAGCGCGCCUCACUCUCACGCAGCGUGUCUCUCCGAUGGCCGCUCCGGCCCUGCGUGCCACCUCCGCCUUCCAUGCCCAAGCUGCCCCCACUAGCACUCGUCCCUUCUCCUCCACCUCUACCCUCCUCAAGAAGGGAGGCAAGGACAAGGGAGGCAAGGCCGACAAGGGCGGCAAGGGCGGUAAGAAGUCUAAGAAGGACGACGCCGACGAGGACGGCGCCGAGGCCGACGGCCUCACUCGCGAGGAGAUUGACGCCUUGCUCAAGAAGACUCGGAGCAAGAUGGACAAGUCCGCCGACUGGGCGCGCACCACCGUGUUUGACGGUGUGGAGCGUGGCCGUGGCCGUGUCAUGCCUGCACUCCUCGACAACGUCAAGGUCGCCAUCCCAGACCAGGGUUCCGUGCCCCUCAAGUCCGUCGCGUCCAUCACCGUCCGCCAGAGCUCCCUCUGGGUUGAAGUGUGGGACGGCCCUACAAUGAAGCACGUCGAGUCGGCCAUCCACAAGGCCAACCUGCCCGGCAUGUCCCCUCAGCGCGAUGGCAACGCACUCAAGAUUCCGGUCUCGCGCCCGACGGGCGAAGUGCGCACUGCGAUUCUGAAGAGUCUGCACGAGACCAUCGAGAUGGCCAAGAACCAGAUCCGCACGGCCAGGCAGGAAGGUCUCAAGGCGCUUGGUGGAAGGGGAGAAGAGGGCGCGGACGAGGUCCAGAAGAUGACCGACGAGCUUGUCCACGACAUUGAGAAGCUCUUUGUCAACGCCAAGAAGGAGUUUGAGAAGGCUUAA